AUGGCAACUACAGACAAUCAAAACCAAGGUGCCUAUCAAUUAGCACUUCCCAUUUUUUAUGGGGAAAAUUAUGAUUUUUGGUAUGUGAAGAUGAAAACCAUUUUUCUCUCAUAUGAUUUAUGGGAUUAUGUUGCAGAUGAGUAUGAUGAACCGGAGGAUACAACAACUUUGACGAAUGCCCAAAAACAACAAUUGAAAGAUCAUAAGAAGAAAGAUGCAAAAGCUUUAGGCUUGAUUCAACAAGGAGUUGUUGAUACAAUCUUUCCCAGAAUUAUCAAUGCUUCUAAAGCAAAGGAGGCAUGGGAUAUCCCCGAGAAGGAGUAUAGAGGCAGCACGAAGAAAGAAAUAGAGUUGUUGAAAGAUUAUUUUUCUAAACUUAUGGAGAUGGUAAAUCAAAUGAAGACCUAUGGGGAAGAUAUUUCUAAUCAAAGAAUUGUUGAAAAAAGUCUAAUUAGUUUCCCGAAAAAAUAUGACCCUAUUGUUGCUGUUAUUGAAGAGACUAAAGAGCUUGAAGACUUUAGUGUUGAAGAAUUGAUGGGUUCCAUAAAAGCAUUUGAGCAAAGGUUGAGUAGGCGCUCCGAAAAGAGAACUGAAAGUGCUUUUCAAUCCAAGCUAUCAAGUUUUGAUCGAUCCAAAGGUGAAUCUUCUAGAGGUGGAAGACACGGAAGAGGAAGAGGAAGAAAUUCAAGAGGAAGAGGCAGAAAUAAUUUUGAUAGAAGUGGAAAUAUAGAGUCCACUCAACAAAAUUGUGGAAUUUGCAAGAGAAGUAGCCAUGUUGACAAAGAUUGUUGGUUUCGGGGAAAGCCUCAAUGUUUCAAUUGUAAGAAAUUUGGACAUGUUAAAAAAGAUUGCCGGUUGAAAACAAAUCAGCAAGCUAAUUUUUCCAAAGAGAAAGAAGGUGAAGCGAGCAUGUUUUAUGCUUGUCACACGACAUCGGAACAAAAGGAUGAUGUGUAG